ACGGGUCACGCACCAAAUGAUGGCGGGCGAGGGAUCAUACGUCGAAGCCUAGAGGAUCAGAAGAAACAGCAAGUUCGAAGCUCGGACAUACUGCAACAUACAUCACCACUUUCGUUCUCUCCACUCGUGUCCUCAACAGCCUUCAAGUGAGUACAGGUCUUCCACGCCAAAGUGGAUCCAAUACUGGAUCGGUUGUAUUGUGCGGCCUUGAGGGAAAGCGAGGAGCAAAGGAUGGCUGGAUCGACCAUUGAGGAGGAGACAAAGGCCAAUACUAACCACACAAGUCAUCAAGUAGAGGAGAAGAAGUCGUCUUUCCUGAAUUUCUUCCUUGGGAGAAGAUUCUCACUCGCUUCAUCGCCAGCCUCCACUCACAGGGAGUUAGAGAAGCAUGAUCUUCACGAGACCUCAGCGAUGCAUGCUGAGGGUCCAAGAAGCAAUCGAAGGAGGAGCUUGGCAGGGCUGGGACAAUCCUGGUUCGCACGCAGCUUCAAGUCUUCACAAGACCAGUUCCAUAGGUCAGAAGAUCUGCCGAACCCAAAGCUAUCCAAGGACUUGAUCCGCCACACGUUCCCCUCCAAGAAAGGGCUGACCCUGCCUGAAUCCGCCGAACUUAGCCCAGCUGGCUCGUUUCGACUAGGGUCCAUGAGGAGGAACCUGAGCCAUGACAACCUGCAUGGGGCGGCGGAUGCUUCGCCCUCUGUAGACUCGGAGGAUAGGAACCUUUCAGCUAAAGAAACGAUCAAGCGCUGCAUAGUCUCGGGCACCCUCAAGUUCCGAGAGAGGAGGAUUCUUGGGUCCUCCUGGACCAGCAUGUUCUGCGUCUUGAAGCGGAAUGGAAAGUUUCACGUUUACACUGACAAGGACGACGUCUUCCCUCGAGUC